CGGGACCGAGGCGAAGAGGAGUGGGGUUGACAGGGCAGCGGCCCGGGUCUCGCUUCCGCCUUGGUGUCAGCGGGUCUCGCCGGCGGGGGGGCGCUUGCCGCGCGCGCAGGCGCGCUGCGGGACGGAGCGAGCCGGGUGCCAGGUCACAAAUCCUAGCCUUGAACAAAAGGUGUGAAGCAUUUCAAUACAGCUGUCUACAAGGGGAUCAUAUGGUCAACAUUAUAGUUUAAUUUGACAGAUCAUCUAGAAAGAUUUUGCUCCUUGUAAAAAACAUCAAAACUUCAUGUCAAAAGCAGCUAUGCAUUAAAGGAACAUAAUCUGCUGGUGCAGAAAAAUAUUCCAACUUAAGAGGAUGAAUAGUGAAGAGGAAUUCUAUGAUGCCGUCACAGGCUUCGAUUCUGAUAAUUCUUCCGGGGAAUUUUCAGAAGCAAUACAUAAAGUUGAAGUGGAUGCCCACCAGAGUAAUAGGACUGGAAGACACAAAGACGAUGGGCCGGUACAAGAGAAUGGAAUCAAGAAACACAGAACAUCAUUACCUGCCCCAAUGUUUACUAGGAGUGAUUUCAGUGUCUGGAGCAUCUUAAAAAAAUGCAUUGGAGUGGAGCUAUCUAAGAUUACCAUGCCCAUUGCCUUCAAUGAACCCCUAAGCUUCCUUCAACGAAUAACAGAAUAUAUGGAACACACAUACCUCAUUAAUAAAGCAUGCUGUCAUUCAGACCCUCUAGAAAGAAUGCAGGCUGUUGCUGCUUUUGCUGUUUCUGCUGUGGCCUCUCAGUGGGAGAGGACUGGCAAACCAUUUAACCCUCUCCUUGGAGAAACAUAUGAAUUAAUCAGGGAGGAUUUGGGUUUUAGGUUUAUUUCCGAACAGGUCAGUCAUCAUCCACCUGUCAGUGCAUUUUAUUCAGAAGGCUUAAACGAAGACUUCAUUUUUCAUGGCUCAAUUUACCCUAAACUAAAGUUCUGGGGGAAGAGUGUGGAAGCAGAGCCCAGGGGAACCAUAACACUGGAGCUCUUAAAAAAUAAUGAAGCUUACACAUGGACUAACCCUACCUGCUGUGUACAUAAUGUAAUUAUUGGCAAACUCUGGAUAGAACAGUAUGGAACAGUAGAAAUCAUAAAUCACAGUACUGGAGAUAAAUGUAUCCUUCACUUUAAACCAUGUGGCCUGUUUGGUAAAGAGCUUCACAGAAUAGAAGGCUACAUUCAGGACAAAAAUAAGAAGAAACUCUCAGUGAUCUAUGGCAAAUGGACAGAAUGCUUAUGGUGUGUCGAUCCUUCUACGUAUGAAAACUAUAAGAAGAAUGAGAAGAGAGGUGGUGAUCAGAAGAAACCGAAGCCGAGUGAAGAUCCUGAAAAUGAUGACGCUGAUGAUAUGCCAGAGAUCCAAGAGACUGUGCAAGUCAUACCUGGCAGUAAACUACUUUGGAGGAUAAGCUCCAGACCAGCAAAUUCAUCUCAGAUGUACAAUUUCACCAGUUUUGCCGUAAGCCUCAAUGAACUAGAAAAGGGUAUGGAAGAAGUGCUGGCUCCUACAGACUGUCGACUGAGACCAGAUAUCAGGCACAUGGAGAACGGAGAGAUAGAUCUGGCUAGCAAAGAAAAAGAGAGGCUAGAAGAGAAGCAGAGAGCUGCUCGUAAAGAACGUGCAAAAGAUGAAACCGAGUGGAGGACAAGAUGGUUUUAUCAAGGCACUAAUCCAUAUACUAGGACGUCUGACUGGCUCUACUCAGGAGGGUACUUCGACAGGAACUUCUUUGACUGUCCAGAUAUAUACUGAAAUCUUGAGCACGGUUGCUCCUAUGUCCAGGGCUGGUAGUCUUCAGAGAAUCUUGUGACUCUCUGGCGUGUCACAAGCAGAAAACCUUUCUCAAGCAAAAUUUCAGUGAAAAUUAUCGGUCACGGAACAAGGAUUUGUCAUUUAAUUUUGAUUGCCAAAAUAUUCAAGUGCUGUUAUUUCCUUCCCUGAAGCUAUCAUUCAAAAUGGUUCAGAGGAAAGGGGCUUGCAUGUUUGUGUUUGUUUUCCUUCUAGUUAACAUUUUAGAUUUUAUUUUUGGCCAAAAUUAACAUGCUGGUGUUGGUGGGGAGGCAGCAUGUUUAAUAAAUGUGAGACGAUCGCUAAGUCAUUUCUUAGAUUUCAGCCAUCAAGGAUACCUUUUAAGUAUUCACAACUCAGAGCAACAGUGAUGGAUUGAUAGGAUAGAAAGAUAGCUGUGACCACUGGUGAGGAAUCUUAACAAAAAUUGUAGUGGAUGGAAUUGUUGGUUAUCACCUGAAAAGCCCCCGGUUUUAAAUCCUUAACAACUGUAGCAGAGAGCAAUAUGCUUAACCUGCAGUCUCAGAACCUGUUACUCUGUUUUGUUUUGAUGUUUGGGCACUGUGAUUAUCAAUUAAAUGAAGUACCUAUGAUUUAUUUUUUUAAACAAACUUCAAAAUUUGAAUGUUGGUGUGGUUUGUAGGUGUUCAAAACAAACACCUACCAGUCAAGUUUCAGAAUAUUUUGUUUUUAAAAAUAGAAGGCUUUGGAGAUAUUUAUAGAAAGCUGGGUGUCAUGUGUAUAUCAUGAAAGGAACUCUAUGUUUUUGCUUUUGUUCUAAGAUGGUUUUCCUCCAGUGCUGCUUUCGGCAGGAUUUUUAGACUUAUUCACAAACAUACACAUCCUUCUUUCUCUUCGGAUUUAUUUUGACCAUCUCUGCAAAAUGGUCAUGUUUCCUUGGGCUUUUUAAAAUACAUGUUCUGAAACAUUUUCUGCAUCAAAACUAAUAAUACUUUAUGGAAAAGCAAUUCUUGUCCUACAGCCUUGCAGCUAAAGCUAAGUGAUAUACCAGAAGCAUUCAUGGAACUUCUGACUGGAUUUAAUUACCUUCUGAGUGGAUUUCUUUUUUCCAGAUUUAAACAUGUCAAAGCCAAAUAAUCCCUGAGUUGUUUGAAUUGUGUAAGGAAAGUGUUUUUCUUUUAGACAUUUAUAGUAGUAAAGUAAACAUUACUGACAAUAAGUGUGGCCUUUAAAAAAAAAAAGUCUUGAUUGGCAGUUCACCAGAUCUUUUCAAAAAGUAACUGUUAGAUUUGUACAAUCUGUUGAAGAGCGUUGCCCUUCAGUGUACAGUAACAGAUUGAGAAAACAUGAGUGAUUUAAAUGAAUUAGUCAUUGAAUGCUUGGUUAAUUGGUGGGCUUACAACACUCUGGAUAUUUUUAAUUUACUCCUUAGAUAUUUAAAGUGUCCAGUCUGGCUGAUUUUCACAUAGCUUUGGAAGCUUCAUACUUGCAAACCUCAACCUAAGACUUGAUGUCUGAAGAGCAGCUAAAGUAGACAAGUUUCAGAGACAUUUAUACAAACAUAGUUUGGGAAUUACGUUGGCAUUUUUAUACAGUGCUUAUGGGAAACUUGACGUGUAACACAUUUAGUCACAUUUCAUUGAAUUUUCCAGAAGUUCCCAUGAAAACAUUUAAGGCAAUAAAAAGCACUACUGAGAGAAAGAUCUUGGACUAAUGUACAUUGUUGAUAGCACUUACCUUGAUGUUAUCUUUGGGUGUAAUCUACCAAUACUCCAGUUUCUUGUUCUACAUUCCUUGGGGCUUCAAAGUGCUAGAUGAAUGCCUUCCUUUAGGUCACUGCAGCCUCACAACUAGGCUACUCCACCUUACCUAUUUCCCUUUUCCCCUUUUAGUGAAUGAAUACCCUGCCAGACAAUGUGUAGACAGUUACGAAGGCUACUGAACCCAACGUUCUUCUUGAUCCAGGGAACAGUAGAUUUUGUGAUCUCCCCACAUAUUUAGCCAGACAGUUAUUGGCAGCUGGAGGGGGUAGGAUGCCCAUACGGAGUUGCUUUUCCCUCCCCACUGAAGUUGAUGUCUGCGGUCCAGGCAUUUUCCGCUGCAAGUGUGCCACUGAGGCAAAGUCUACCUGAGCUGCAGACCUCUGGAUCGAGAGGCUAGUUGCCAUACAGAGCCACCUGUUGGACGUGGAAUAUUUGAAAGCCUAUUAGCUGCGACAGGAAAGUGUUCCUUCUUGGUUUGAGGCCCUGAGCCCCUUAUGAGUAGAAGUUUGGACAUUCGUUAUUAUCAAUGUUAAAACUAUUUCUGCCUUGCACAUACAGACAUGUAGAAGCAUCUUACAUUAAUACUUAGAAGAGAUUGCUUACAUUUUGAAUUGCAGAAAAAACAGUUGUCCUAGCCUUAAAUUUUUUUAAUACAAUGGAUACACCAUCUAAAUAGCAAAUGAGAUGAAAGUCAUCCAGAAUGUUUUGAAAUGUUUCAUUAUUUAAAAAUGCAUAUUUUCCUGCCCUUCUGUGGUAUGCUUAAGUUGAUUUGAAAGGAAGAGUAAUUUGGGUAAUUUCCCUUGCUGUUCAAGCCCACCUUUGAAAUGAUUUAAAUCAUGGCCGCAUGUUGCAUAUCCUGUCCUCCUUUCUAUAGCAUGCACCAUGCUAAUGUCUUGCUUGCCUGGCUGUUCUCAAGCAGAUCUGUUUAAAAUAGGACAAGUAAAGGGCACUGGGUUCUACUUGGAAGAAUCCCAGAGUUGCCACCUAGCCUGAUAGAAAUGGUGGGAGGUGUCGUUCAGUGAUCUUUUCGCAAUAAAUGAUGGAUUUUACUGGAAAACACUUCUUAUAAAAUUGCGAACGCAUCCUCCCAUACUCACCUUUAAUUUCUAACCUCUCUCAUUGCUAGCACAGGUUGCUAUGUAAAUAAAAUACAUCUAAAUAGAUUCUGAUUAAAAUGCACAUGAAAGUCUGAGACCCUUUAAACUUUAACUAUAAUGUUAAACCAUCUUUAAAAAGAAAAGUAUACUCCGCUACUUUUACAGUUUACCUGGACUUCUCAUUAACACCUUCAGAAUUAAAACACUGCCUUGCAAAGUUGACCAUCUCCAUGGGAAAAAGCACUUUUAAAAUUAAUCAUGUUAAAUAUUAAGAUAGAUAUUAACUUAAAGUAAAUAUUUUUAUGUGGAGAAUAGUUACUUAUUUUCUUGGCUGCUCCCCUUCCAUUACACCUAUCCUGAUAUGAGUUAAGGUAUGAGUUAAGGCUUGUGCUCACAUUAGACCCAGUCCAGGGGUGCUGGUGGGGACCCUAAAGCUUUGAUGUGCAUAGAGUUACAUGAAGAGGGCUUACUUCCCAACCCGCCCUGCUUCAGCGCUUGGUAGAAUUCCACAUGUGCAUCCCCAGUGCUUCUGUGGAGCUGUCUGUGCCAUUGAAGUAAAUGGGAAAGUUCCAAGGGCACAAGGCUCCAUGUGUACCUGCGCUCUCUGGAGCUUUGCUUGGGGUUGUAGCUUUGCUCCUUGCUGUGCCAACAGGUAACAGAUAGAUACAACCAUAUCACUAAUGCAAUGCUUAGAAGUAAGCAAGAGGGGGACCAUUUGUCUACCUCUGGCAUAGCAUGACGGCAGCAGGUUUUUAAUUUGGGAUAAAACAAAUGACCCAGAUGUAAUUUCUGCGGAAAUGGAAUGUGUCCACAAACUUUGAUAGGCUUCAUCCAACCCUGCCCCUUUCAGCAGGCAGCAGAGUUGCCUGCAUUAUUCUUACACUGAUUUGACAAGAUUUCAGAUAUACGUAACACUACUAAUGCACUGAAACCUCUGGCAAGGGUGCCAUUAAUGGGAAGAAAUAGUUAUAUUUUUUUCCCCCUUACAGUAAAAGAAGAUUUGAACUCCUGUUUGGUAAUUAUUUGUUUUAUCAUACUACUUUUUAAAGUUAAAAGGAACACUCUGAAAAUAGAACCUUCCCGAUGGACUGAGUUUGGUAAAAACUUUAUUUGCAUUAAGAUACAGAAGUAUAAUUGGGUUUGCUGCUAUUGCAUCUUGCCUACCACUUGGGAUGGAUCAUACAGUGUAGAGCUGUGUUAUCUUGGCGCACUAGCCAAUCCUUAGCUUCCCAGUUAAGAACCUUGGUUAGAUUAAAAUGUCUACAUAAGUACAGCUUUUAAAUCAUAUACUUAGUGUAUGAUGAAAUCUUACUGUUAUUCCUGCAAGCCCCCAAACUCAGAAGUUUAUGGGUAUCCUGUGCAGGGCAGGACUGGUGGCAAGUUUCACUUGCUUUUCCUCCUGCCUGUUAGAUGGACAUUUUUUGCCAGCCUACCUGGAAUGGAGGAAGGAAGGAGGCUACAGCGGCUGCAGGACAUCUCAUAUCUCCUGUUUCCUCUCCUCCCUCUGCCCCCAAAACACCCCCUUUAAGCCCUCUCUGGGGUUGCUUUCCUAAACUUGGACAGCAGCCAGUGCAGGGUUUUUUUUUUUUUUUUUUUUUUUUUUUUGCAUGCUGGCUGAAAGGGGUGAGGGCAGGAAUCAGAGCUUAGAUUCCCAGCUCCAAGACUGAAGCACCAUCUCCAGCCUUAGAUCUAAGAAUCUGACUAUUCUGUAGCCCUUCUGAUGCUGCCUCAGGGACCAUAGGAUUCUUCCCUCAAUGAUCAAAUAUAAGCAAAUGGUAAACAUCAUUGGCAUUCUGAAAUAAUUUUCGCUCCGUAGAGAUCCCUCCCAAAUCUAGAGAAGUUGCAAGAGCCUUAUGAUCACUAACUGUAACAUUCAGGUAGCUUGUUCUGGAAAAAAGUGAAAGACUUUGUGGAAUAAACAUCCAAAAUGUUCAGGUGCCUGGUAUGGUCUUUUCCUGUUCACUGUAAUCUGUGUAUUUUAAUGUUGCAGAUAAAACGUAGAUGUUCCUGUUUAUGUAGUGUUUUAAUUCUUAUAUUAAUUUGAUAAUGUACGGUAAUGUCACCACUCAAAACAAAUAUGUGGUUUGGGGUUAAUUGUAAAAAUACAGCAAUAUUUAAAUUUAUGUAAAGCUAAUAGUUCUAACACAGAAAUUGAUUUUUUAGUAUGGUUUUUAUAGCAUGGAAAAAACAAACCUAUCUCUAUAUAUCUGCCUUCCCCAGUUUACCAGUCCACUCUGCUGCUGCUAUGCUGUUCUAUUUUGCCUUACUUACUUUGCGGUAUCCCUGUUAGUAAUGAUUCACAUACACUGCACAAUCCACCUGGAAGUGCUUUGGUGCAAACCUUAUAAAUGGGGGCUUGCACAAGAGUUUUUACAUUGCCCCAGCCAAGUGGGCUGUAAGCUUGUGCUGCUCCAGGUUAUUUCACCGUGGUUUGUGCUGGACAGCAGUUCCUAGCAGAGUGUGCCCGCUGUGUGUGUGCGUGUGUGCGGGUUUCUUUGUUUUUUGUUUUUGUUUAGCCUUAGCCAUGUUGCAUGAACAUGUCAGAGGUUAUUAAUAAAAAGGCUUUAGUGAAAUGAAUUUAUUUUUAUAAUAUUUAAUAACUGUCAAUACCCAUCUAUAUUAACUAUACAAAAAUCAUAUUUACCUUUUUAGAAGUCUGUACAGGUUUGUGGACAUAAAUGUUAAAAAUGUAAAUGCAAAUAAAGGUUGUUUUGGAGAA